GUCCUCCCGGCCGCCAUUAAAGAAUUCAAUCCCUGAAGUGAAAGAAUGGAAGUGUGCAGGAUCCAUGGAUCUCACUGAGGACGGAACAAGAUGAGGAGCCGCGCUCUCUCGGUCUUUCGUCCGUUUCCACGGUGGUUUUGAGGAGAUGACGCAGCUUUUUGACGCUUUCACUCAACAGGAGCCGCUGUGGCGGAGUAUUUGAUGAAGCUAACAGGCUAGCGUUGGAGCAGCUCUGCUAUGUUAGCUUGUGUGCUAACAGGCUAGAUCAGGGGGAGGGGAGCUCGGCUAGCUGCCGUUAGCAUUAGCACAGCAGGGACUGGCCGUGUUUUCUUACUUUUUAAACUCGUGUUUUAUUUGAUCGUGGAUUUGACUUGACCGUUUUUCGGGUGGACGUCCGUGUGUACGGGUCAUGUGAGCGGUGACUCUAUCACGGUAGAGUGAUGUAGCAGCAGGCUAGCUAGUAGCCUCAUCAGACAAUACAUUUCAAACAGGAUUGAUGAAUCCAGCAGUUACGAGCUGCUAACGGUAGCUUAGCUUAGCCGCCAGGCUAGCGCCGGGCACAGGCUGUGUCUCGGUUGACUCGCCGUAGCGCGGUGCAGCUAACGAGCUGCUCGGCGCUUUUCCUGGACAUAAACCACCGCAGCUUCUGCUCCUCGAUGCUGAUUGAGAUCAUGGACUUCAGCGCUUCAAGGCCGCAUUGAAGGAUGAGUUCGUGCUUUGUGGCUAACGGGGCCAGUUUGGAGGACUGCCACUCCAACCUCUUUUGCCUGGCCGAUUUGACUGGAAUAAAAUGGAGGCGUUUCGUGUGGCAGGGACCCACGUCUUCACCCAUCCUGUUCCCUGUGACUGAAGAGGACCCCAUCCUGUGCAGCUUCAGUCGCUGCCUGGCGGCAGACGUGCUGAGUGUGUGGAGAAGACACCACACGCCGGGUCGCAGAGAGCUCUGGCUUUUCUGGUGGGGGGACGACCCCAGUUUUGCCGAGCUAAUCCAUAAUGAGCUCUCAAGUGAGGAGGAUGGAGAGUGGGAGAGCGGCCUGUCCUACGAGUGUCGGACGCUUCUGUUUAAAGCCAUCCACAACCUGCUGGAGCGCUGCCUCAUGAACCGAGGCUUUGUCCGCAUCGGGAAGUGGUUUGUUAAGCCGUACCAGAAGGACGAGAAGACCAUUAAUAAAAGCGAACACCUGUCUUGUGCGUUCAACUUCUUCGUACAUGGCGACAGUAACGUGUGCACGAGUGUGGAGAUAGCUCAGCAUCAGCCUCUUCAGUGGCUGAACGAGGAGCAUCUCAGCCUCGCCCAGCAAAGUUCCGCCCCCUUACAAGUCAUCCUGAGCCCGUACGGUUUAAACGGGACCCUCACUGGUCAGGCUUUUAAGAUGUCCGACCAUCCCACUCAGAAACUCAUCGAAGAGUGGAGGCAGUUCUAUCCCAUCAGCCCCAGUCGCAGGGAGGUGCAGGAAGACAAGAUGGAGGACACGGAUUGGGAGGACGACUCCCUCGCAGCUGUGGAGGUCCUCGUCGCGGGGGUGAGGAUGGUGUAUCCGUCGUGUCUGGUGCUCCUCCCUCUGUCCGACCUUCCCGCUGUGGCUCCUCAAGGCUCGACCAACACCUUAGGAAGCCUUUGUGGAGCUCAGCAGGUCCAGGCCGCUCACAGAGACCCCGCCAUGUCCUCCGUCACUCUGACUCCUCCCACAUCACCAGAGGAGGCUCAGACUGAUUAUCAGCUCGCUCAGCGCUGGCUCAAGUUGUCGUCUUCAUCUGAUGGUUACAGCUCCAACAACAGCCUUCAUGGGGGUAAAAUCCCUCGCAGGCUGGUCAGCAGCAUGGUGGAGUCUGUGUGGCAGGAAUAUAACAUAAACCGCACAGGGAACAAGAGGAAGUUCACGUCCUUGACAAACGGGACCUGUGACGAGGAGUCGGACAAAACUGGACUUUGGGAUUUUGUGGAGUCGACUCACCGGCCGCACUGCAACUGUUCAAGACAUAAGAAUCAGAAGCAGCGAUCCAGCAGCACCUCAGGACACCUGCCUUCAUCAGGACAACCUGCUCCACCAGCACCUAAACACAAGCUGGGCGAGAAGCUGGAGAAGAGUGAGAAGCAGCAGAAGAGGCCACAGACGCCUUUUCAUCACCGCAACUCAGUCAGUGAGGAUCAAUCUCUGGAGCCGCAGACACAGAGGCUCUGUCUCAGAUCACAGGAGGAGGGAUCGUAUCCCAGUUUACACCACGUGGACACGGCGCCUCCCAAAGCUCCAACGCUCCACAGCCACGGCCCUCCUGCUGACCUGGUGGGUUCUCCUCCUCCCCCUCCUCUCAGCCCUCACCCCUGCGAUCACAGCGAAGGCGACAUGUCUUCAGGUGGUAUAAAGAACUCGUCCACGCCAAUACACCAACCUUUCUACCCUCCGUCAGUGGAGCCAUGUCUGCUCCCGCAGAAGAGCUCGUCUGAGGAGCCUCCGCUGGAGAACAUGCCUCUGCCUUUCCCGUCAGCUUACAGCGAAACCCUGGAACCUACCGUCUUUGUAGGUUCAGCCAUCAACCCUCAUGCAGAUUCUACCCACAAUCCCUGGAAGUAUUUCAAGCUGCCCAGGAAGAAGGCGUCCACCUUCCUGACGCCUCAGCUGCCUGUGGAUAAAAGUCGAGAUGAUUCUGGGGGAAGUGGAGGAACGGAACGCGUCAUAUCUGUAACUGAGUCCAUGUCGGCCUCUUUACAGCCUUUGAAGGUUUCCCAGGAGCUGGUAAAGACCUACGCCCAGAGGAGAAACAGCCAUCUGUCCUCCGCCACAGGAGACGAAGAGCACAGCGAAGAGCCAGAUCCUUACGCCUUUGAAGAGGGAGAUGAUGAGUUCAGCCUUUCAGACAAGAAGGAAAAGGCCGGUGCUGAAAGAGACGGCAACAAAAAACACAAGGUGGAUGAAGGGAGUGGAACUUCAGCAGACGAUGGUCAGGGUCCAUCAGGCAGCAAACCCUCUGCCUCCACCAGCCUCAUCCACGAGAACGACCUGGCAGUUUCCUACAGCGACCUGGAUAAAAUUUUUAAUUCAGAUGAAGAUGAGUUAGCGCCUGGAUCAAAAAGAGCUGGAGCAGAGGACAAGUUUGGCUGUAAAGAAAAUAAACCCACCACGUUGGACUCUUUGUCUUCCAUAAGCUCAGCAGACCUGCACCAGAUGUUUCCCACCCCGCCCUCGCUGGAGCAGCAGGGUUAUUCUCCCAUGAACUCUGGGAGUAAAGACAGUCUGGAAGCAGGAGCCGGUCUCACUCUGCUCGACGGCAGUCAGCUCAACACUCACUUCAAGAUGGAAGUAGAGGAGGGAUUCUGCAGCCCGAAGCCAUCUGAGAUAAAGGACUUUUCCUUUGUGUACAAGCCGGAAACGUGUCAGUCGUUCAUCGGCUGCUCCAUGUACGCUCCUCUGAAGACGCUGCCCAGCCAGUGUCUGCUACCUGUCAAACUGCCCGACGAGUGCGUGUACACGCCGAGCUGGACUCUGGGAAAGAUGGACCUGAUUCCACCAGUGACCAACGUCAACCUCCUCACCAAAGACAGUAACGUGCCCAGUGUGGAGCCAGACUACAGUCAGACCUACACGCCUCAGACUCACACACCCUUCAUGUCCAGCAGUGCUCCGCCCAGUAACAGCGGCGCCGGCAUCCUGCCCUCUCCCGCCACACCACGCUUCUCUGUGCCCACGCCACGCACGCCACGGACUCCACGCACUCCCCGCGGCCCGUCCAGCGUCCAGGGCUCGCUCAAGUACGACAACUCUGACCUUUACUCGCCCGCCUCCACGCCCUCCACCUGCCGACCCCUCAGCUCCGUGGAGCCGGCCACCGUUCCCUCCAUCCCCGAAGCUCACAGUCUCUAUGUCACCCUCAUCCUGUCGGAGUCCGUCAUGAACCUCUACAAAGACUGUAACUUUGACAGCUGCUGCGUGUGUGUCUGCAACAUGAACAUCCGAGGAGCAGACGUGGGAGUUUACCUCAAAGACAACGGAGAGGCCCAGUACCCGUGCACCUGCGGCUUCAGCGCCGUCGCCAACCGCCGCUUCGGUCAGAUGGCCGGACUCUUCCUGGAGGAUGAACUGGAGGUGGUGGGACGAGGCUCGGACGCCAGUCGAGACACAGAGAGGUGUUUCGAAGAGCUUCGAGCUUCCACGUCGCACAAGCCCGGCAGCCUGAAGGAGAAACCUCCAGAUGAGCUGAUCCUCCUGCUGCAAGACCAGUGCACCAACCCGUUCGCACCUAUGGCAGGUGUGGAAUAUCCCAAACCAAGCUCCGCCCCCAGCUCAUUUGUGAGGGUAGAAGAGAGAGACUGUUAUAACGACUGCUACAUGGCGCUGGAGCACGGCCGACAGUUCAUGGACAACAUGUCGGGAGGAAAAGUGGACGAAGCACUCGUGAAGAGCACGUGUCUUCAUCAGUGGCCAAAAUGCAAAUCAGCAGACAUGAGUAAACUCUUCUCUCAGGACGUCCUGCGUGUCCUGCUGUCCCUCCAGCCUGUGCUGCAGGACACCAUCCAGAAGAAGAGGAGUGUCCGCUCCUGGGGCGUUCAAGGACCUCUCACCUGGCAACAGUUCCAUAAAAUGGCUGGCAGGGGCUCGUAUGGCACAGACGAGUCUCCGGAGCCUCUGCCCAUCCCAACCUUUCUGGUGGGUUAUGAGUAUGACUUUGUGGUGCUGUCUCCGUUCGGCUUGCCUUACUGGGAGAAGCUUCUCCUGGAUCCUUUUGGCUCCCAGAGAGAUGUGGGCUAUGUCGUCAUCUGCCCAGAAAAUGAGUCUCUUCUCCGCGGGGCCAAGGUUUUCUUCAAAGAUCUGUGUGCGAUGUAUGAGGCUUGCCAGCUGGGACAGCACAGACCGAUCUGUAAGAAUCACCCCGAUGGAAUUUUGAAGGUUGGCAGCUCAGAAGGCCGGAGUCUGACAGAGCAACCGCUCAGUGACUGGUUUCUGAAGAUGUCAUCCAGAGAUGGAAACAACGAAGCCUUUAAUAAGCUCAAACUUUUUGCUCAAGUCUGUCGCUAUGAUCUAGCUCCGUACCUGUCAGAACAGUCUUUGGACAGCUCCCUCUUGUCCCAGCGCUGCCCCCCUGUGGUCUCCUCGCAGACCUGCAGCUCCUCCAGCACCACCUCAGGACCUCAGAGCACCAACACUACCAGCUCCGGCUCCGGCUCUGCCCAGCCGGCCCAGGUCGGCAGCACCGGCCCUUCCUCCGCCUCUCAGACUGUGGGAGGAGUGACCUCAGCCAAGCCCAGCUCCUACUCACCGUUUGGAUCGUCGGCUCUGCAGAGCAGCUCGUCUCAGAACGGACCACAGUCCAAUCAGCAGGGAGCAGAGAAUGGACCUCCAGCCAAUCAGACGUCCACAGAGGCGCCAGAGAGCACAAUGGAGCGAGACAAAGUGGGCAAACCCACAGACGGAGAGUCUCACGCCGUGUCCUUCCCUCCCGCCAUUGUGGUUUACAUCGUGGAUCCGUUCAGUUAUGAAGAUGCAGACAGAGAAGUCCACUCCAGCAGCUUCACUCUGGCUCUGCUGCGCUGUUACAUGGAGAUGCUGCACUUCCUGCCUCCUCACAUCAGGAACGCUGUCUCUGUUCAGAUUGUUCCCUGCCAGUAUUUGUUGCAGCCAGUGCACAGCGGGGGGCGCCACCUCUACGGUCAGCACCUCAAGUCUCUGGCCUUCUCCGUGUUCACGCAGUGUCGUCGACCUCUGCCCAACUCCACCAACUUCAAAGCUCUGACGGGCUUCGGUCCAGGCCUGGCCAUCGACAUGGCUCUGAAGAAUCCUGAGAGACCAGAGUGUCUCCGUCUCUACACGCCUCCCUUCAUCUUGGCUCCGGUCAAAGACAAACAGACAGAGCUUGGGGAAACGUUUGGCGAAGCGUCGCAGAAAUAUAACGUGCUGUUUGUGGGCUACUGUCUGUCACAUGACCAGCGCUGGCUGCUGGCGUCCUGCACUGACCAGCACGGAGAGCUGCUGGAAACCUGCAUCAUCAGCAUCGAUGUUCCCAACAGAGCGCGCAGGAAAAAGGCUUCAGCCAGACGCCUGGGUCUGCAGAAACUGUGGGAGUGGUGUCUCGGCCUGGUGCAGGUGACAUCACUGCCGUGGAGGGUGGUGAUUGGACGGCUCGGGAGGAUGGGACACGGCGAGCUGAGAGACUGGAGUAUUCUGCUGAGCAGAAGGAAUCUUCAGUCUCUGAGUAAACGUCUGAAGGAGACAUGUAAGAUGUGUGGAAUCUCUGCUGCUGACACUCCCAGCAUCCUCAGCGCUUGUCUGGUUGCCAUGGAGCCUCAGGGUUCCUUUGUCAUCCUGCCAGACUCGGUCUCCACAGGCUCGGUGUUUGGUCGCAGCACCACGCUGAACAUGCAAACAUCUCAGCUGAACACUCCUCAGGACACGUCCUGCACUCACAUCCUGGUGUUUCCCACCUCAGCCAUGGUGCAGGUCAACACCAACACCACCGAGCCCAUCGACAUCAACUUCAACCCCAUCAACCCAGACGGAUCUGAUGGAAUGGGUAUCUUUGACCUGUUUGACAACGACAUGGUGGAUCCAGAUCUUAUCAACAUCCUGCCAAACUCUCCCACCACCUCCCCCGUUCACUCGCCCGGCUCCCACUAUCACCACGGAGGAGACGGCAGCAAGGGCCAGGGUGCAGAUCGUAUGGAGAGUCAUGAAGAAGCUCUGAACAUCCUGCAGCAGCCCAUGGCUCUGGGGUACUUUGUCUCCACAGCUAAAGCUGGACCACUGCCCGACUGGUUCUGGUCCGCCUGUCCUCAAGCCCAGAACCAGUGUCCUCUCUUCCUCAAGGCUUCUCUGCACCUGCACGUGUCUUCUGUCCAAUCAGACGAGCUCCUGCACAGUAAACACUCCCAUCCUCUGGACUCCAACCACACCUCUGACGUCCUCAGAUUUGUCCUGGAACAGUACAACGCCCUCUCCUGGCUGACCUGUGACCCUGCCACUCAGGAUCGGCGCUCGUGUUUACCCGUUCACUUCGUGGUUCUGACUCAGAUGUACAACUUUAUCAUGAACAUGCUGUGAA